AUGGGCGACGGAGGAGGCGGGGGGGGCGGGGGGGGCGGUGGAGGAGGAGGAGGUUUCGGGGGUGGGGGUGGGGGUGGGGGUGGAUUUGGCGGGGGGGGCGGGUUUGGGGGGCACCACGGGGGAGGGUUCGGGGGGCACCACGGGGGAGGGUUCGGGGGGCACCACGGAGGGGGCUUUGGGGGGCACCACGGGGGUAUGUUCGGCGGACCCGGGGGACACAUCCAUCACGGCAGAGGCAUGUUUAUAGGGGGGCCGGGGCACCAUCACCCCGGGGGCUUCUUCGGCCCCGGGCAUCACGGGCACGGAGGUGGUUACGGCGUGUCCCCGGCUCACGGGCCGGGCGGCCUCGUUGGGGCGGGCCCGGUGUUCGCGCCCUGGCUGGGAGCGCUGGCGGUGGGCGCGGUGGCGGCGUCGGUGGUCUCGCCGUACACGAGCUACGACGGGGGGAGGAACGGCAUGGUGGUGUGGCGGGAAGGGCAGCAGGAGAUGUCGGCGCCGGUCAACAUGGUGACGGUCCGUGUCUGUCAGGCGCAGAACCUCAAGAAGGUCCAGAUGAUCGGGAAACAAGACCCCUAUGUGCGCGCGAAGCUGUUGUUCAACGGCCACAAGAUCGGCGAGUGUCGGAGCUCGACUCACACCGACGGUGGUCGGAACCCGACCUGGCAAAACAUGGCCAGGAGCGUCUUCACCUUCUACGUCCCGGCGACGGUAACCCUCGAAACGCUGGCCGUCGUACUGGACGUGGUGAACGACAACCUGGUCGCCGACAGCAUCAUCGGCACGACGGGAAGCAUCGGUCUCAAGACGGCAGCCACGGGGGAGUCAAAGUGGUGGAAUGUAUCAAGCGGCGGAACACUCCAGGCGAUUAUCGAGCUCAUCACCCCCGAAUCCGGGGGAGGGGGGGGCACCGGAACGCACCCCAACAUCGCCUACUCCAGGAGCAGCGCGGCGGCGGCCGCCCCGGCGGUGGCGUCCUCCCGACCAAGCGGCGGCAGCUACAACGGGGGUCGAGUCGCCACGGUUAACCCGUCCCCCCACGUCGCGGUCGCUCACGCCACCCCGGUGGCGGCGGGGGCUCCGGGGAAUGCGUACGGUGGGGCCACCCCGGUGGCGACGGCUAUGUCGGACCCCCCUCCGUCCUACGAGCAGUCCCACGUUGCCGUGGCCUCUUCAUACCGACCGCCUCCAGUGGCACCCGGAGCGGCGCCGGCGCCGGCGGUACCUCACGGCGGGGCGGCGUACGAAAAGUCGAACCAAUACGGCUACGGCGGCGGCGGCGGGGACUACAACAACGGGGGCUACAACAACCGGGGGAACGCUCCCGCUCCCGCUCCCGCCGCUCCCCUCCCGGAGGCGAAGGCCGUGCCCUACGUCGGCGGCGUUGCCGGGGACGACCCGUUCAACGCCAGGGAUUUUCGUUGGUCUUGACGCGGGAAGGGGGGGGGGGGGGGGGGGCGGCUCGCUCCUUGUAUGCAUAUAUAUAUGCCGAAUUGAUUGUGCCUGUCAAGAGACUGCUGUCGCGAUGAGCUGUUCUUGUGGAUCGCAAGUUUUGCUUUCUCCGUGCUUCCACGAGAUGGACGUUAACCUCUCGCCAGCGUGGUGUAAACGGCAGGAAGCCCGCUGCAAUAUUUUCGCCCCCUCUCCCCCCCCCCCACCGUUCUUGUAUUGCAUAUUUUACGUUUGCUUGGCAGAAGAAACAUCCAAGAGUCGGGUAGAGUGGGUUACGCGCCGCAAUCUAGCGGGGCUGUCGGGCAGUUUGGGGGCGUGGGUGCAGUUUCCUUGAGAGGACCGUGUCGCAAGAACAAUAGCUUGUAACGUAACAUACCAGUAGUGCGUAGCCUCCAAAGUUUUGGGCAGGUGUCCUACCCUCCGCUUUGUCUGGUGGUGCCCCCGCGGCGUACGUUAACCACCCCUUUGUGACUAGGACUUUCCCUCGGAUUUUUCGAUUCCGCUUUCCACUCACGCUGACGGUGUUUAUCGCAAGGUCUGCGUGGAUGCAUGUCCUCGCGAUGGCCCUGCUGCCAACGCCUACGUAUGUUUCUCUGCAUGUAGUCUUAGGCUUUCGUGUUGGAUUUCUUGCUUUCUUUCCUUCGCCAUGCGACGGUUUUCCGAAGUGAUGAAAGCAUCGAUCGUGUCUCCCGUGAGAGACACCGCCAUGAGAUGAGGCGGAUUGUAGCGGCUGUUUUGUGAGAGGCGAAGAAGGUCCUUCAAGACCGAUCGAUACUCAGCUAGCGCUGCACGCAUGCAUUGUUUGGCAGGCAGUCGUAUAUUUGGGUCAAAGUCUCAUUGCACCCAGUUUACCAUAUGGUAACAUAGUAGGAUGUACAAGUACAGUACAGCAGUACUGUCGCACGAUUUCGUUUCACCCCGCAAAAAACGAAGAAUGAACCUCGGGGCAAUUUACAGAGGUUCUCUUGAAGAUAUUCUCAUCAGAUCUGGACUACUCGUU